AUGGAGGGAAAUGCACAGGCUCGUUAUCAACAUACAGGGGAACCUCGUUUAGCAGGAGAACCAAUCAAGCCUGUCCAUGUUGCGUCAAAGAAGACUGUCAAGUCAUGGGUACACCUUCUUGCAGGCGCGAGUGGUGGAAUGGCUACUGCCAUCGUGACUUCGCCCCUUGAUGUCCUACGAACACGUCUCCAGUCCGACUUCUACCGAACCCAAAACACGGGCGCCAACCAGCCUCUUCAAGGAUCAAACCAUAAAACGAUACGCAUUAUCAACUCCAUAUAUCGUGCUGAAGGCUGGCGAGCAUUUUUCCGAGGCCUCGGCCCAAGCAUAGCGGGCGUAGUCCCAGCGACCGCCAUCAAAUUUUACGUCUACGGGAAUUGCAAGCGUGUUGGGGCUCACAUAAUGGGACACACGGAAGACUCUCCCAUCGUUCACGCCCAGGCUGCAAUCUGCGCAGGGCUAGCAACAUCUACAGCAACAAAUCCAAUAUGGCUGAUCAAAACACGGCUACAACUUGACAAAACAAGCACCGGUGGCCGUCGAUAUCGCAAUAGCAUGGAUUGCAUCAGGCAAGUCCUACGAAACGAGGGAAUAGCAGGUCUUUACAGAGGAAUGAGCGCAAGCUACCUCGGCUCGAUUGAAACAGCUCUACACCUAGUGCUCUAUGAACGGUUGAAAACUGGUCUCAGUCGGUCGUUGGCAGCCACUGAGGGAACACGGACACCUUUUUGGGACGAAGUUUGUCAUUGGAUUAGUACCAGUGGCGCUGCAAGUUCUGCUAAGCUCGUGGCAGGUCUAAUUACAUAUCCUCAUGAGGUUAUUCGAACAAGACUGCGCCAGGCACCGGUGGAGCAUGGCCGGCCUAAAUACACGGGCCUGGUACAAUGCUUCCGUACCGUCGCCAAAGAAGAAGGUAUGGCGGGCUUGUAUGGAGGUCUAGCUCCCCAUAUGGUCCGUUCCUUACCGUCAGCCAUUAUCACGCUUGGCGUGUAUGAGUUUGUGCUAAGGGUCACUGGUGCCUAA